AUGCCACUUUUUGCUCUCUUAAACUCGUCUUCCUUCAUCUUUUCAUCUACUCUUUUCCUCCUUAAACCCAUUUUCCUCCGUGGCUUUGCUGCUUCAUUGCAAUUUGUUUUGUUACUUGCUCUCACUGUCUCCUUUGUCUUUAACAAACUCAGGCUGGGUGCUGCUCAUCAGCUUUCUAAACAGAGGUUUACUAAUAACAAGAGGUUUUUGUGGUACAAACAGACUCUCUUCUGUUGUUGGGCUGUUUCAUUGCUUAAUCUUGCCUUGUCUUUAUCAACCUACUUUUAUUGGUAUACAAAUGGUUGGUCUGAUGACAAACUAGUGACCCUUUUAGAUUUUGUGCUUACAACACUCUCUUGGGCUGCACUUUCUGUCUAUUUGCACACCCAAUUCUUCAAUUCAGAUUUUCUUCUUUAUCAAAAACAUGGAUCCUUGGAGAUACAAUAUUUAGUAUCUGAUAUAUUCUCUGUUUUCACUGGUUUGUUUCUAUGUUACGUGGGGUUCUCGAGAAAUGGGAGUCAAGAUACUCUUCUCGAACAACCCUUUUUAAAUGGUGAUUCUAUUUCAAUUAAUGGUUUAGAGUCAAGUAAGUCUAGAGGAGGUGACAGUGCGACUCCUUAUGCAAAUGCUGGUCUUUUCAGUAUUCUUACCUUCUCCUGGAUGGGUUCUCUUGUUGCUUUCGGCAAUAAGAAAACUCUAGACCUUGAAGAUGUUCCUCAACUUCACAUUGUUGAUAGUGUAGUUGGAGCAUUCCCAGUUUUUAAAAAUAAGCUUGAGUCAGAUAGGGGUGCUGCUAAUAGAGUUACGGCUUUCAAGCUCGUCAAGGCAUUGUUCUUGUCAGCUUGGAAAGAAAUUCUAUUGACAGCUUUGUUGGCAAUAAUAUACACCUCAGCUUCUUAUGUUGGCCCCUACCUUAUCGACUCUUUUGUUCAAUGCCUUGAUGGGCGAGGAGAAUACAAAAAUCAGGGAUAUAUUUUAGCUUCGACCUUUUUUGUUGCCAAGGUUGUAGAGUGCCUCUCACAGAGGCACUGGUUCUUUAGGUUGCAGCAAAUUGGAAUCAGGCUCCGUGCUGUAGCAACCACGAUGAUUUACAACAAGGCUCUAACCCUUUCUAGUCAGUCAAAGCAGGGCCAGACUAGUGGGGAAAUCAUCAAUAUCAUGACGGUUGAUGCAGAGAGAAUUAGUGAUUUUAGUUGGUACAUGCAUGAUCCGUGGUUGGUCAUCUUGCAAGUUGGUUUGGCCUUGCUGAUACUGUACAAAAAUCUGGGACUUGCAACGGUUUCUACUUUUGUUGCAACAAUAAUUGUCAUGUUGUUAAACUAUCCACUGGGGAGAUUGCAAGAGCAUUUUCAAGAGAAGUUAAUGCAAUCAAAAGAUAAAAGAAUGAAGGCUACCACUGAGAUUUUAAGGAAUAUGAGAAUUCUCAAGCUGCAGGCGUGGGAAAUGAAGUUUUUGUCUAAGAUUUUUGAGCUCAGGGAAGUAGAGACAGGAUGGUUGAAGAAAUAUUUUUAUAGUUCCGCAAUGAUGACGUUUGUCUUCUGGGGUGCUCCUAGUCUUGUGGCUGUGGCCACUUUUGGUACUUGUAUGCUUAUUGGAAUCCCUCUUGAAUCAGGGAAGAUCUUAUCUGCACUUGCAACAUUUAGGAUUCUUCAAGAGCCUAUCUAUAAUCUUCCUGAUACUAUCUCUAUGAUAGUUCAGACCAAGGUUUCCCUGGACAGAAUUGCAUCUUUCGUUAGUCUUGAUGACUUGAAGCAUGAUGUGUUGGAGAAGCUUCCAAUAGGCAGUUCUGAUACAGCAGUUGAAAUUGUAGAUGGGAAUUUCUAUUGGGAUGUGUCUUCGCCUGGUGCAACAUUAAAAAAUAUAAACUUCAAAGUGCUCCAUGGUAUGAGAGUUGCUGUUUGCGGUACAGUUGGUUCUGGCAAGUCAAGCUUACUUUCCUGCAUUUUAGGAGAAGUACCCCAGAUCUCAGGGACUCUCAAGUUAUGUGGGACAAAAGCCUAUGUUGCUCAGUCUCCCUGGAUACAGAGCGGCAAGAUUGAAGAAAAUAUAUUGUUUGGUAAGGAGAUGGACAGAGUGAGAUAUGAAAGGGUACUGGAAGCAUGUUCCUUAAAGAAGGACCUUGAAAUUCUCUCAUUUGGUGAUCAAACCAUUAUUGGUGAGAGGGGAAUCAACUUAAGCGGUGGGCAGAAGCAAAGAAUUCAAAUAGCACGGGCUCUGUACCAAGACGCUGAUAUCUAUCUAUUUGAUGACCCUUUCAGUGCUGUAGAUGCUCAUACUGGAUCUCAUUUAUUUAAGGAUGUUUUGCUUGGUCUUUUGAGUUCAAAAACUGUUAUUUAUGUUACUCAUCAAGUCGAGUUCUUACCUGCUGCUGAUCUAAUUUUGGUCAUGAAAGAUGGAAGGAUCACACAAUCUGGAAAAUAUGAUGACAUCCUCAAUUCAGGAUCUGAUUUCAUGGAACUUGUUGGUGCACAUAAGGCAGCUUUAUCAGCACUUGAUUCCAAACAAGCAGGACCGGCUUCUGAAAAUGAAAUUGUUGGAAAGGAAAAUGGUAGUAGGGAUGAGAUAGUGCAGAAAGAAGGAAAUAGGGAUUCUCAAAAUGGUAAAGAAGAUCAGGUAGCAGGGCCAAAAGCACAGCUCAUUCAAGAAGAAGAAAGAGAGAAAGGUAGCGUUGGGUUUCCUAUCUACUGGAAGUAUAUCACAACAGCAUAUGGAGGAGCUCUUGUGCCCUUCAUAUUGUUGGCUCAGAUUCUCUUUCAGAUCCUUCAAAUUGGUAGCAAUUAUUGGAUGGCAUGGGCAACUCCUGUCUCAAAGGAUAUGAAACCUGUUGUCAGUGCAUCUACUCUAAUAAUAGUCUAUGUAUGCUUGGCAAUUGGAAGUUCUUUUUGCAUCCUCGCUAGAACCACACUUCUUGUAACAGCAGGAUAUAAAACUGCAACUCUACUAUUCAAUAAAAUGCAUCUGUGCAUUUUUCGUGCCCCUAUGUCCUUUUUUGAUGCAACUCCUAGCGGACGAAUCCUAAACAGAGCUUCUACAGAUCAAAGUGCAGUCGAAACACAAAUUCCAUAUCAAGUUGCAGCACUUGCCUUCUCAUCCAUUCAACUUCUGGGAAUCAUUGCAGUCAUGUCUCUGGUGGCUUGGCAAGUUUUUAUUGUUUUCAUCCCUGUCAUUGCUGCCUGCAUCUGGUAUCAGCAAUAUUAUAUACCUUCAGCAAGAGAACUUUCAAGGUUGGUUGGAAUAUGCAAAGCUCCAGUCAUCCAACAUUUUGCUGAAACAAUUUCAGGAGCAGCAACUAUCAGGAGCUUUGAUCAACAAUCAAGAUUCCAAGAAACAAAUAUGAAAGUUACAGAUGCAUAUUCUCGUCCAAAAUUUCAUGUUGCUGCUGCAAUGGAAUGGCUUUGCUUCCGGCUUGAUAUGUUCUCUUCUAUUACGUUUGCUUUCUCUUUGGUUUUCUUAGUCUCUUUCCCGAAGGGAAUUGAUCCAGCCAUUGCGGGAUUAGCUGUGACAUAUGGACUCAACCUAAACAUGUUACAAGCUUGGGUGAUAUGGAAUUUAUGCAGCUGUGAGAACAAAAUCAUAUCAGUAGAGAGGAUUCUUCAGUACAUGUCCAUUCCUAGCGAGCCUCCUCUCGUAAUAGAAGCAAGCAGGCCAAACUCUUCUUGGCCAUCACAUGGAGAAGUUGAUAUUAAUAAUCUGCAGGUUCGGUAUGCCCCACAUAUGCCACUUGUUCUGCGUGGUCUCACAUGCACUUUCCCAGGAGGGAUGAAAACUGGGAUUGUAGGGAGGACCGGCAGUGGCAAAACAACUCUCAUACAGACUCUUUUCCGCAUUGUCGAACCUGCAGAUGGUCGCGUUAUGAUUGAUGGUAUUGAUAUCUCACUGAUUGGACUGCAUGACUUGAGGUCAAGACUAAGCAUUAUUCCUCAAGAUCCAACCAUGUUUGAAGGGACUGUACGAAGCAAUCUGGAUCCGCUUGAAGAGUACACGGAUGAACAGAUUUGGGAGGCUCUGGAUAAGUGCCAACUUGGAGAUGAAGUUAGGAAAAAGGAAAAGAAGUUAGACUCCACAGUGAUUGAGAAUGGAGAGAACUGGAGUAUGGGUCAGAGGCAGCUAGUCUGUCUCGGGCGUGUACUACUGAAGAAAAGUAAGGUGUUGGUCCUGGAUGAAGCUACUGCCUCAGUUGACACAUCCACUGAUAAUCUAAUUCAGCAAACUUUAAGGCAGCACUUCUCUCAUUGUACGGUUAUAACCAUUGCACAUCGGAUAACUUCUGUUCUUGAUAGUGACAUGGUUUUGCUUCUGAAUCAUGGGCUCAUUGAGGAAUUUGAUUCUCCAGCAAGAUUGUUAGAGAACAAAUCAUCGUCAUUCGCACAACUCGUCGCGGAGUACAGAGUCAGGUCAAAUACCAGUUUUGAGAAUUUAGCAGAACUGAAAUGA